CUCACCUGGCACCUGCGGGCAGCCUCCACUUGCAGUAACAAUGGGGAAAACAGGCUUCUCUCUGGUCCUCGCCUUGGCUCUUGUGACCCUCAGCACCUCUUCACAGGAAAAGUGCAUCCUGUCUGGAACCUGGCGGAACGAGCUGGGCUCUAACAUGACCAUCUCUGCCGUGAACGAGGCCGGGCAGUUCUCUGGGUUGUACCACACAGACGUGUCAACCACAGGAAAGCAGAUCCUCGUGUCGCCCAUGAAAGGAUCCCAGCAGGUCGACAACCAGGAGCAGCCGAUCUUCGGGUUCACUGUCACGUGGCUGGUCUCAGACUCAACAACCGUCUUCGUGGGCCAGUGCUUCGUGGAUGAUCAGGGGAAGGAAACUCUGCAGACCAUGUGGCUGCUGCGAGAGAAGGUCAAAUCUGCAGAGGAUAACUGGAAAGCAACCACAUCAGGUUUUCUAAACCUUUGAUCGUUUGUUGCUCUCCUCUGGACUCUCUCCACAUUGUCCACAACUUUCCUAAAGUGCAGCACCCACAACUGGCCCAGUCCUCCAGCUGAGGCCUCCCCAGCACUGAGGAGAGCGGGACAAUCACCUCCCGUGUCAUACAUGCCACGCUCCUGUUAACACAGCCCUCCGUUCUAUCAGCCUUUUCCCCAGCUGCAUCACGCUGUGGGCUCAUGUUCAGUUUGUGCUCCAGUACGCCGCCAGCUCGCUUUCAGCAGUGCGAUCUCCUAGCCAGAUAAUCCCCACUUUGCAGCUGUGCAUAGGAUUUUUUGCUCCUGGCUGAAGUACUUUGCACUUGUCUUCUUUGAAUUUCAUCCGGGUGAACUCAGCCCAAUUGUCCAAUUUCUCAAGGUCGCUCUGGAUUCUAAUCCUGCCCCCCAAGUGCUCCCAGCCCCUCCCAGCCUGGUGUCACCCCCACAUUGUGUAAGCCCACUCGCCAAGCCAUUGUUCAAGUCAUUAAGAGAAACAUUGAUUAGCUCCAGUCUCAGGGUGCCCACAGCCACGCUGCCUCCCUGGGCUGGCGGCUGGGUGCCCCUGUGAGGUAGCGCCUGUAGGAAUUGCCUGCCAGCCCCUUACCUGCCCCUGCAUGGCGCUGCUGGGACCCCCGUGAGAUGGAGCCUGGAGAAGGGGAUGUGACGGAGCAGGGAGCAGGGCAGAUUUGACCUGGGAAUGUUGCAGGGGGGUUGCAGUGGGGAUGUGGGACUUCCCUUGAAGGAAGCUACCUGAGCUGUAACCUGAGCCAGGAACGGGGGUGGGGAGAAUUAACACCUUCUGCCCGGGAGACUGAACAAAGGAGAGGAGCAGCGGGAGGAGCUGGGAGUUUUAGUUUCAGUUGGGGCUGGGUGGUGCAACGCAGGGAACCCCAAGCUGGGGUCUAAGCUCCCUGAACCUCCCAGAGGGACCUAAUUGAGGGGGUCUGGUCGUACCUACACGCUCUGCUUGA